AUGUCGAACACAACAUCCAUUGAAGAAAAAUCGUCGAUCGCUAGUGCGUCGACAAUUCUUUUGAUUAUGGAUUCGUACAUGAUUGUUAUGCUUUAUAUAACUGGUGUAGCAGGAGCUGUUUUGAAUAUGAUAACAUUUCUUCAGAAACAACUUCGUUCCAAUCCAUGCGCAACUUACUUCUUAUCAACAUCGAUUGUCGAUUGCGGCAUCUUGCAAGUGUUUCUUUUAAUGGAGAUUCUGACAAGAUUCAAGCCGGAACUUUUUACAUUGAUCUACUCAACCAGAGUUUGGUGCAAAUUUGGAAACUAUCUCACAUUUGUACUUCCAUGUUUAACAUCAAGUUAUAGUGUCCUAGCAUCGUUUGAUCGUUUCUGUGCCAGUUCAUUGAAUCAAACACUCAGAAAAUAUAGCAAUCUAAAGACAUGUCGAAUCAUUGUAAUCAGCAUAUUUAUGAUAUGGGCACUGUUUGGUUUACAUGUGCCUAUUGCGUAUGAUUAUAUUCUGAACCCCAUCACCAAUGCGAAACAAUGUACAGUACUAACAAGUUCAGCAACAGCUUUCAUCGUUAUCGAUGGAUAUUUCUUUUCGUUAUUCAAUGGCGCCAUUGUUCCAUUUAUGUUGUCAGUUUUUGGCAUACUGAUCAUUCAUAAUGUUCGAAUGAGUCGGCGACGAGUUACUGCCCAAGUAGAUGGUGAAAAUCAGUCGAGGACCACUGCCGUUGCUAAUCGACAGAACACUCACAUGAUCAAAAUGUUAUUAGUGCAAGUAUCACUGACCGUCGUAUUCUACAUGCCAUAUAUUGUUCUUUACUUAUUGAGUUUCUAUCGGAAGAUACCUGGUGACUCUUUAUCAUUGCUGCUCUAUAUUAUCUUCAGCUUUUUCGCUCGAUGGCUUUUUUACGGAAAUUUUUGUAAGAAUUUCUAUGGAAAUACGCUUACAAGUGUGUUAUUUCGAAACAGCCUUCGAAACCAGUGCGUUAGUUUCCUUCUUCACUGUUCUGUUCCACUUAUACCAAGAUCAAUCUUUUCAACAAAUACACAUACAAACUAA